GAAUACUUUCUGAGUGGUUUCAUAACCACAGAGGCUUCACAUGAGUCUAAGACUUACAAAUGGAGCCGUUUUGCAUUUUCCUAAUGAUUGGAUUUCUCGCUGUUAUUGAUGGAGAAAACACAACAAGUCCAGCUUCACUUCAGAGCCCUUCGUAUCUGAUCUCCGUCUCCAGAGUGAUACAUCCUGGUGUUCCAACUGCAUUAUCUAUCACCAUCCUUAUCAAAUCAUCGGUUUUAGUUAAAUCUGAGAUAAUCCACGGAAACAGCAGCCUGGGACAAGCUCAGAGCAUCGUCGAAGGAGGAUCCACUAAAAGACAAGUGCUGCCUCCUAUCCCUGAGAAUGAUUCCAGCCACCGGUCCCCCUAUAAGCUGAUUGUAAAGGGUUAUAUUGGACAGACUCUGGUCUUCUCUAAUUUUACGCUGCUGCCAUACAGACCUAGGAGUGUGUCUAUCCUGCUACAGACUGACAAACCUAAAUACAAACCAGGCCAAGACGUGAAAAUCCGAGCUCUGGUUCUAUCCCCUGAUGGCAAACCGCGCGACAAACAGAUAGACAUCAUCAUAAUGGAUCCACGGGAGAAUCUGAUCCGCCAGUGGCUGGCUGUUGACACUGUACUUGGAGAGAUGGCUAAAGAGUUUCAGCUCUCUCAGAACCCUCCUCUGGGAGUGUGGAAAAUCAUAGCUACAGUCAAUGAAGUCACUCAAGAAAAGAUCUUCAGUGUCAGUGAUUACGUGUUGCCGAAAUUUGAGGUUCUGCUCGACGCUCCUGAUGUCGUUUACUAUGAAGAGAACAUGAAAUACACUGUUACUGCACAAUAUCUUUAUGGAAAGCCAGUCGCUGGGAAAAUGUCAGUAGUAUAUGUUAACAGCUUCCAGGGUACAACAUUGUAUGAAGACUGGAAACCGAUUGAUGGAAAAGCUGAAUUAAGCUUUGACGUUUUCUCACUGUAUCAAAAUUCAUAUGAGUACAUGCACCAAGACCACAUCGAUAUUAACGUGCAGGUCACAGAACUGCUGACUGGUGUGACCUACAACAGCUCUGUUCGGGUUUCUGUUGUGAUGUACAGAUAUAAGCUGGAGUUUCAGCAUUAUCUGUCCACCAUCAAGCCGUCUCUGAACUUCUCUGCCCAGCUAAGACUGUCCACCUAUGACAACAGUCCGCUGACGGCAGAGGACCUGAGUCAGAGUGUGACUCUCACUGUGACUCAGGAGCCUUUCAGUCCAUGGAUGUUCUCAUGGGAAGGUUCAGUAAAAGCCGCCAGGGCCUGGAAUUCAUCUUAUUUGGAUUUCGUAGACUCAUCGUUUCUUUAUCCUAAUGGAAGUAUUUCAUCAAAAGUCUUACAACUUCCUGUCCCUGCUGACGGCAUCAUCCCCUUACAGAUUGAGCUCUUGGAAAAUGUGGCUAUGCUGACAAUAGAGGCCCAGUAUGAAGACAUUCACAAGAGUCUACAGCUGCACACAAGAUACUCGUCUCCUUCUAGAUCUUACAUACAGCUGAGAAGCAGAGGUUCUGCACAGAUCGGGCAAUCCCUCUCCAUGACUGUGGAAAGUAAUUUCCCCUUAACUAAAAUCCACUACAUGGUAAUAGCACAAGGCCAGGUGGUGGCUGCUGGUACUUUGACUUCCUUAUACUUCUCUCUAUCUCCUAAUCCAUCAUGGGUUCCUCUGGCAAAAGUGCUGGUUUACUGCAUCCAGCCAGACGGAGAGAUCAUCAAUGAUGUGUUGGAUGUUUCCUUUACAAAAAUCCUGCGAAACCAUGUGUCGUUAAGCUGGGAAAAAGAACAAGCAGAGCCAUUGGAGCAUGUGACUCUAUCUGUGUCUGUAGCUGAGCCCGGAUCACUGGUGGGAAUCCUGGUAGUAGACAAAGCAAGCCUGGACUCAGACCGGAGCAAUGAUUUCACAGAAAAGAAGGUGAUGGAGGAACUGGCUACUUACACUAUGGAUGUGUCUCUGAUGGACGUAAUGGAAAUUAGCAACCCAUACUCUGUAUUUAUGGUGAGUGGCAUCACAGUCCUCACUGAUGCAAACCUAAACGCAGACAACAUCUACGCCAGGCCUGAGUUUCCAGGAGAGGGACCAAUGCUGAUGACUUCUGAACAGACAGACCAGGAACCUUAUCAGCGGAGGAAUUUUCCCGAGACCUGGUUGUGGCUCGACACCAACAUAAGUGAAUCUACAACAGCAGCUUUCACCCUCACUGUCCCAGACAGCAUGACCUCAUGGGUGGCCACUGCCUUCGUCAUAUCAGAGAAUCUGGGUUUGGGGCUCAGCGCUCCUGCAGAGCUGCGUGUAUCCAAAGACUUCUUCGUGUCGCUGAAUCUCCCGGCGUAUCUGGUCCGAGGUGAGCUCCUGCUGCUGGAGAUCAGCCUUUUCAACUACAUUGAUCUGGACCUGGAGGUUCUCCUGACAGUGGACGAGAACAGUAUGUUUGAGUUUGUGACCUCGGCUGCUGACGAGUUUCUGUUAGCAGGCAUGCGUCAUGUGUCUGUAGGAAGGCAGGAUAGCACCAUGGUGAUGUUCGCCAUCAGAGCCACCCAGCUCGGUCAGAUGCCCAUCUCUGUCAAGGCCAUGGGCUUCUUCGCCUCAGAUGCGGUCACUCAGACAAUCUUGGUGAAGCCAGAGGGGAGGGAGCAGUCGUUCACUCAGACACUCUUCCUGGAGUUUGACCCAAUGAAGACAUCUCUAUCUAGAGAGGUGGAGUUUCAUUUCCCUUCAGCAGCUGUUCCAGGCAGUCAGAGAGCCCAGGUCACUGCGGUCGGUGACAUUUUGGGACCGUCCAUCAGUGGUCUGGACUCCCUGAUUCAGAUGCCGUAUGGCUGUGGUGAGCAGAACAUGAUCCACUUUGCGCCGAAUGUGUACGUGCUGCAGUACCUGAGCAGGUCGGGCCGCACGGACGAGGAAACACGCACUAAAGCUCUGAGCUACAUGACACAAGGCUAUGAGCGCGAGUUGUCGUAUCAGAGGAUGGACGGCUCUUUCAGUGCUUUUGGAGAUAGUGACUCUUCUGGCAGUACAUGGUUGUCGGCAUUUGUGCUGAGGUGUUUCCUCCAGGCUCAACAGUUCAUCUUCAUUGACACAGCGAUCCUGCUCAGGGCGACAAACUGGCUGCGGGCUCAGCAGCAGGAUGACGGAUCCUUCGCGGAGCCUGGACGCGUUAUUCACACUGAGCUGCAAGGAGGAUUAGACGGCCCAGUGUCUCUCACUGCUUAUGUCCUCAUGGCUCUUCUAGAGGACGUUGAGUACAAGCGUACCUAUGACAGUGAGGUGUCUGCUGCCAUGAACUAUCUGACCUCCAAACUGAGCCAAGGCAUCUCCAGUAACUACAGCCUGUGUCUGAUGACUUAUGCACUGUCUUUGGCUAAAAGUCCAUCAGCUAACAUCGCUCUCAUUGAGCUUAUGAAAAGAGCCCAGAUACAUGACGGUGUGCCCAUGUGGAGCACUGGAGGAAGCAGCGUGUCGGAGUCGUGGCAGCCGCGCUCAGCUGAUAUCGAGAUGGCGUCUUACGCUCUGCUCUCUCUGUACAAGCUGGGCAGUGUGGAAUACGCCCUCAACCUCAUGAAGUGGCUCAGCCAGCAGAGGAACCACCUCGGAGGAUACGGCUCCACACAGGACACAGUGAUCGCUCUACAGGCUCUAUCAACCUUUGCCUCGCUGAGCAGCACAGUGCAGAUCAACCUGGAAAUCACGGUGAUGACACAGUCAGCUACAGUGGCUAUGUUCAUGAUAGACCAAAAUAACUACCUGCUCCACCAGAGCCAAGAGAUUGAAGCUGAACAACAUCUUCAGCUCCAUGUGUCAGCUGUGGGAAGAGGAUUCGCGCUCUUCCAGCUUACGACAUUCUACAAUGUAGAGGCUCAAGGGCUGUCACGCAGACGUCGCACUCACACGUGUGAGGCCUUCGAAUUGUACAUACACGUCAUGGACAACGACAUGUACAACGUCAAUGUUCAUAUAUGUUUCCGGCUGUGUGAGAACCAGGAGCUGAAUCAGACUGGAAUGGCAAUUCUGGAUGUUGGCCUACUGACUGGCUUCAAUUUGGCUCAAAGUGGUGUCCAAGUGAAUGAGCUGGUUAGGAGAGUGGAGACGUCUCCAGGAAGAGUCAUCUUGUACUUAGACUCGGUAACCAAAGCUGAAGCCUGUGUUGAAGUCCCAACUACUCUGGAGUUUAAAGUGACCGGUGUUCAGGAUGCAGUGGUCACUAUUUAUGACUACUAUGAGCCAAGGAGGAGGGCAGUGGGGACAUACACAUCUGAGACCAGAAGAGAUGCAUCGUUUUGUUUUUUCUGUGGGGAGGACUGCUCUCAGUGUGAAGAUUUGGGGAUCUCGGUGUUUGACAGCGGUAUUUCCUCACACCAUCACCAGGGUUGGGUUCAGAGUCUAACUUUGCUACUCCUCAUCACAUUCUCAAUCUGUUUCUAGAUAAGAGGUGGCUGAUAUCUCUUUUUGUGUUAAUAUAUAUAUAUAUAAAUAUAUACAAUAAAAUGUGUCUGUUGUGUAGUCAGGACUAAGGUUGACAAAGCCCUAUAAGGUUAGUGAAUACUUUAAUGUAAUUAAUUAUGCCUUCUUAUAGCACAAAUAAUUCAUGAUAAAACAACAGAACCCAAAACAGAGUGCGUUAUUGUCGUCACUUACACCAAGCUUAUUUAGAACGAGUAAAAACAGAAGCUUGGUGUAUGUAACCUGAUCAGCCAUAACAUUAAAACCACCUGCCUAAUAUUGUGUCCAUCCUCUUUGUGCUGCCAAAACAGCUCGGACACUCUGACAAGUCACUGACUCCACGAGACCUCUGACCAUUGCAUCUGGCAUCAAGAUGUUAGUUUUACCAUUUUGUCUGAUGCCAGGUCUGAUGCUCAUGUGCCCAUGCUAAGAACUCUUGAUGGGGGACCGGGGCCUGUCUACAGCUAUAACACCUUUCUAUCAAUUUGUGCCACAGUAGCUCUUCUGUAGGAUCAUACCUUCACUUCCCACAUGCAUCAGUGAGUCUUGGGUACCCAUGAUCCUCACUGCUUUUCCUUCCUUGGAGCACUUUUCGUAUUUACAAACCACUGCAUAUCAGAAUCACCACACAACACCUGCCAUUUUGGAGAGUCGUCUUACUCAGUUCCACACACUUGCCCAUUUUUCCUUCUUCCAACACGUCAGCUUUGAGAACUUACUGUUCAAUUGCUGCCUAAUAUAUCCCACACCUUUAAAGGUACCACUGAACAAGAUAAUCAAUAUUCUUCAUUACACAUGUCAGUGAUUUUAAUGUUAUGGCUAGUCAGUGUAUUUUUUGUUAUUAAUAACUGAAUUAUAUUUGAAAGAAAAAGCCACACAAUCCUUUUAUUUUGUUGUCAUCUUUAGUACACUAGACCCAAAUGGGUGUCCCCCACUUUUCUUGACACAUUUUCUCACUGUAGCUGUUAGUUCCUUUCUGUAUGAAUAAAUAAUUGCUACUUUAAUAGGUAAUAGGUAAUUUUAUAGACUAGCCUUUACUGCUAUUUAUUCUCCUUAUAUAAAGUAUAUAGGUAUGAGGAGCUCAGAUUGAGAAGAACAUAUUAACAGCCAAUCAAAAAUGAGUAUUUUGUGGUAUGAACUGUAAUUACCUAAAAACUGUUAUUAUUUACACAUAAAAUUACAAGAACACACAUCAGAAUUAUAAUAAAUGACUAUUGUCUGAAAA